GCUUCAGAUUGAAGUGUUUCUAGUUAGUUAGAGUGAAACUGUAUGUUCAAAAUGAAAAAUUUUUCAAUGGGGAUUUGUGAAUUCACUAGCAAAACAUGUUUCUUAGUGACAGUACCUUGCAAAUUGAAGAACUUUGGUUUGCUAGAGUAAGAAGAUAUGCUCAAAAUAGAACAUUUCUACAAUGGUAUUCUAAAAAAGGAAAAUGGGUGAGUAAAUUCAAUACAAAAAUGCGUUUUUUUUAAUUGUAGUUGGUAAAUUGAUGUGUUCAAAAUUAGUGAAUUUUUCAUUAGAUACUUUCUUUUUUUUUUUUUUGUGUGUAAGUGGAAGGUGGUGCUUUUCACUUGACCCAGUGUGAUUGGCACAUAAAAAAUUUGUUCUGUAUGAUUUUUUGUUUUCAGUUUCUCAGCAACCAUAAAGAGCUUAUCUGGGGUGGUCUCAAAAAUCAAAAUGCUUGUAAUUAUUGGAAGGGAUUUUUUCUUUUCUUUUCUUUUUCUGAAUGACUUUAACAUGACGUGAUCUGAAUGCUACUGAGCUGAGCUGAAGCUGAUGCUGUUUUUGGUUUUUCUAUUUUUUUUACCCCACAAAAAAAAUUAAAAUUAGAAACUUUUUUAUGUUCUUGUGUUCAAUCUCGUGGCAAAAUUGUUUCCUCUGAUAUGCUUUCUUUCUAUGUUUGAAUAGUUUGAUCUUUUAAUUUUUGAUAGAAUUUUUGGUAUAAGGGCCACGUUAGGUUCAGAUGCGUUUGCUCUUUGCAGGUUUGGCACUUGUGUAUGUAAUUUGAUUGCUUUAUGCUCAAUGCAGUAUUCUGUUGGAAUAUGACUUUAGUUGAGGAUUGUUAGAGAGAGACCUUCUCCCAUUUUUUAUUUUAUUUUUCUUUUUAAAAUUUUAAUCUCAGUGUUGUUUCUUCACAUAAUGAAUCUUCCUUUUUGUUGGUGCUUGCCCUUUUUGUUUGUUUUUUUAUUUAACGGUAUACCGGAGUGCGCUUAAAAAGCCCUUUUUUUUAAUGAAAAUAAUUAUUUUUUCUGUUUUUGCUUCCUUCUUUGUCAAUUAAAUAAGUGGAACAAGCGAAUAAAUUCAUGGCCAAGUAUUAGUGGAUCCAUAUUAUUUUUUGUGUGCUAUGAGAAUAGCAUAACGAAUGUCAGAAAGAUUGUGGAUCCCAGAUAUUUCUGAAAGGACUUUGAUAUUUUUUGGUUUUUUAGAAGUUAAUACUCUGAAUGGUCCUAAAUUUUUUAGACUUUAGAAUGAUGUAUGCAAUAUUCAAGUGGGAAUGGCUUUUCCAAGUUGCAAUUUUAAUUGUUUAUAUAACUUCUGUUUGUGACUAUAAUGUAGUACUAUGCUACCUUUAGUCAUUGAGACUCUAAAUAUGCAACACUUAGUGUUAUGAUAAGGCAGAAAAAUAGAUGAUUUUACUUAUGAACUGAUUUCAUAGGUUGAUUGAUUGCAACCUGGGACAUAGGGAUUGCAGGUGGAGCCUUCACCAACUACAGGUUCCCUUCCAAGGAUUCAUCAAACAGCACAUGGUUCUAUGGUUUCUGCUGCAUCGACUGCAUUUCCUAUAACUUCUGUAUGCUUCCAUAAUAAUACCGUUGACGACAGAAAGUUGAGCUUCUUUGAGUAUAAACCGCCUGGUAGAUCGAAUAUGGUUCCUUCAGACUUAAACAACCAUGAAAGUGAACAAGCUCCUCGAAUUGAAGGUCCAGGAAAAGCUCAACCAUUUGCAUCUUCACCAUUAGCCGAAAGUGAGCCAGCAGAUCCUUCUAAUGAAUUAAGCCUGUCAUCGCCGGUUCAAAAGGUCAGUUCGGUUGAAGUUGAUUUGGAUGAGUUUAACCACAGAGGAAACGCAUCCACUGGGCUUCAGGCAUCACAUGUUGAAGUUAGAGGCAGUGGAGCUCCGAUCGCACCCGAGAAGGCAUCAGAUGAUGGAUACAAUUGGCGAAAAUAUGGACAGAAACUUGUCAAAGGGAGUGAAUUUCCCCGCAGCUAUUACAAAUGCACACAUCCUAACUGUGAAGUGAAGAAACUCUUUGAACGCUCUCAUGACGGUCAAAUCACUGAGAUAAUAUACAAAGGAACACAUGAUCAUCCUAAACCUCAACCAAGCCGCCGAUACUCUGCUGGUACCGGUAUGUCUGUGCAAGAAGAGAGAUCUGAUAAGGCUUCUUUGGCCGGCCAAGAUGACAGAGCAUCCGGUAUGUAUGGUCGGGGAUGUCAAGCAGCUGAUCCCAACAGUACUCCAGAGCUAUCUCCUCGGGCAACAAACGAUGACAGUCCAGAGGGUGCCGGCUUUGUGUCAAAUAGGACUAAUGAUGAGGUUGAUGAUGAUGAUCCCUUCUUGAAGAGAAGAAGAAUGGAACUUGGAAAUGCUGACAUCACUCCUGUUGUUAAGCCUAUCCGGGAGCCACGGGUUGUUGUACAAACUCUUAGUGAGGUUGAUAUUUUGGAUGAUGGCUACCGCUGGCGAAAGUAUGGACAGAAGGUGGUAAGAGGCAACCCAAAUCCUAGGAGUUAUUACAAAUGCACGAAUGCCGGUUGCCCUGUAAGAAAACAUGUGGAGAGGGCAUCUCAUGAUCCAAAAGCUGUAAUAACUACAUAUGAAGGUAAGCACAAUCACGACGUACCGGCCGCAAGGAGUAGUAGCCACGACAUGGCUGGACCGGCUGCAGCCGCGGCCGCGGCCGCAGCUGCAAUGAUUGGACAUACAAGAAUCAAGUUAGAAGAAAGCGAUACGAUUAGCCUCGACCUUGGUAUGGGAAUCAGCUCAGCAACUGAAAAUAGAUCAAAGGGCAUUUCAGAAUAUGGUGAAAGUCAAAGUCAAAUUCACACCAACAACAACAAUUUCAAGUUUGUUCAUACUUCCACUCCAGCUCCAGCAGCAUACUUUGGUGUUCUAAAUCACAGCUCAAUUUCUUAUGGUUCUAGAGAAAAUAGGAAUGAUGCUCCAUCUUUAAACCAUUCCUCAUAUCCUUGCUCACAGAACAUGGGAAGAAUACUAACUGGUCCAUGAAAUUGU